AUUAAAAAAAAUUACAAAAGGUUGUUCUACCCUAAGAUCGCUGGUAAUUCAAUACAGAAUUUAUUUCUUACUUUGGUUCAAAUUUGUUUAAAAUUCUGCCAAAACUUUAUCAUAAUUUAAGCCUAAGGUCACGCGGAAGCAUCCCACAUCGUAAUUAAAAAUCUUGUUUUGUUUGUUACUCGAAUCUUCUUACGUAUGUCAUUUGCAUCAGAAUUUUUAAAAUAAGUCCAGUUAUUUGAUAGCCGAUAGUGUAUUAGCUUAAGCAAAUUACGUCAGCUUGAUUAAGUCAACGAUCCAAUCGAGUCAAUAUCGCCUUUAGUUAGUCUAAAUUUCAAGUUAAAAACGACAAGUCGGUAUGAGUUGCCCUAUUAGACCAUCUGAAGCGCAAGAAGCCGACCAAUUGAGCGAAGAAGAUGGUAUGCUCUACGGUGAAUAUUUGAUGUUGGAUAAGAUUUUAGAGGCCCAAAGACUACUCAGUGUGCAAAAUAAUCAACCAGUACAUGACGAGCAUUUGUUUAUUGUGACCCAUCAAGCGUAUGAAUUAUGGUUCAAGCAAAUAAUCUACGAGCUAGACUCGAUCCGGAAUAUUUUCAGCGACGUUUUGGAAGAAUCGCAAACUUUAGAAAUCCUCAAACGCCUCAAUCGUGUUGUUUUAAUCCUCAAGGUCUUAGUGGACCAAGUAAUGAUUCUGGAAACGAUGACGCCGCUUGAUUUCAUGGAUUUCCGGUGUUACCUCCGACCCGCUUCCGGGUUCCAGAGCUUGCAAUUUCGGCUCCUAGAAAACAAGCUCGGAGUCCGACAAGAAAAUCGCGUCAAAUACAACCAAAACUACUCGAAAGUGUUCGGAAACGAUGAAAAAGCUCUUGAACAAAUCGCCAAAUCGGAAAAAGAACCGUCUUUGACCGACUUGGUCCAGAGAUGGCUCGAGAGGACUCCAGGCUUGGAGCUUGAGGGGUUUAAUUUCUGGGGGAAGUACCAAAAAGCAGUUGAGAAGCUUUUAACAGAGCAAAAAGAAUUGGCUGAAAAGGAAAAUUCGGAGAUUUUAAAGCGCUACAAAUUGAACGAUUUGGAGAAGAGAAGGGAGGUUUAUGAGUCGAUUUUUAAAGCUGAAGUCCAUGAGGCUCUGAUGUCUCGCGGGGAGAGGCGAUUCUCACAUAAAGCUCUACAAGGGGCUAUCAUGAUCACGUUUUACAGGGACGAACCCAGGUUCAGUCAGCCCCACCAAAUUCUAACACUUUUGAUGGAUAUAGACUCACUGAUAACGAAAUGGCGGUAUAAUCAUGUUUUAAUGGUGCAAAGAAUGAUUGGUUCUUCGCAGUUAGGAACAGGGGGCUCUUCAGGGUAUCAAUACUUAAGGUCAACGUUAAGCGAUCGGUAUAAAGUUUUCGUGGACCUUUUCAAUUUGUCCACGUUUUUGAUACCAAGAUCUUACAUCCCCCCCUUAUCUACGUCUAUGAGAAGUCAUUUGUGUAAUUGGGGAUCGGCAAAUAACACUAAUAACGUACCGAAUGGAAAUAAUUAAUUAUUUAGUUAAGUGAACACAAUUUUACUAUGUUAUUGGCCACACUUAUUUAUUAAUUUGUGUUAUUUUUACUCACUUAAAUUUGAAUUUGCAGCACCUGUCACUUGUCAACUGUCAAAUAAAGUGUACAGUUACGGAGACAUUAAAUGCACGGGGGGGGGGGGCAAUUAAAUAAAAUAA